UUGCAGCCGAUUGGCUCGAAUUCCAUCCUUAGCACAGCACUACUUAUUGACAGUUGCGAUGUUUGCGAUCUUAAAUCUGAUGUUUCCAGGGUCUGAACAGCUACCACAGUCGAACUGAGGGCUGCAGCAGAGAAAAAUGCCACGAACUAUUUUCCGUAAAGCCUGGUCCUCUGAUGAAAAGCUUGAUGGGAAAACUGUGCUGAUCACAGGUGCCAACACUGGCAUAGGUAAAGAAACUGCCAAAGACCUGGCAAAGAGAGGGGCAAGGGUCAUCAUCGCAUGCAGGGACAUGGAGAAAGCACAGGAGGCCAUGAAAGAAGUCAUCGAAACCUCAGGCAACGACAACGUCAAGUGCAUGAAACUGGACUUGUCUGACACCAAGUCCAUAAGAGAAUUUGCUGAAGCCUUCAACAGAGAUGAACCAAAACUCAACAUCCUCAUCAACAACGCCGGAGUGAUGAUCUGUCCAUAUGGGAAAACUGCAGACGGCUUUGAGACGCAGAUUGGUGUUAAUCACUUGGGUCAUUUUCUGUUGACACACUUGUUGUUUGACCUGAUUAAAAGAUCAGCGCCAGCAAGGAUCGUCAUCGUGUCCUCUGUGGCUCACGUUUUGGGCUCCAUCAAUCUGGAGGACCUCAACAGUGAGAAGAGCUAUGACAAAGCCAGAGCUUAUUCCCAGAGCAAGCUGGCCAACGUCCUCUUCUCCCGCUCACUGGCUAAGCGACUGGAGGGCACAGGUGUGACAACUUACUCUCUCCAUCCUGGUGCUGUUAAGACCGAUUUGCAGCGUCAUGCGAAAGGGGGCUGGUCAUUUCUCCUGUCACUCUCUAGGCCUUUCUUUAAAAACGCUGUCCAGGGAGCUCAGACGUCAAUCUACUGCGCCGUGGAACCGUCACUGGAGAAUGAGACUGGUCUAUACUACAGUGACUGUGCUCGUACCAGCUGCUCCUCUGCUGGUAAAGACGACGACAUGGCCCAGAAGCUGUGGGAGCUGAGCUGCCGUAUGCUGAACAUAACAUGGGACUAAACCAACCUGGAGGGAAAAGAAAGUCUUUAGAGUUCCUCUGCUAACUGAUGCACUGAUGUCAGAUUUCAGUACUACUUCCAACCAGGAAAUAAGGUGCGAAAGAGGUGCAUUCAGUCUCAUGUUUUUUCCAACAAUUGUUGUAUAUGUAUGUUUUCCAUAAUAACCGUAAUUUAUCAGUUUAAGUGUCUGUUUUGUGUAACGUUUAUGAUUAUGGUGUAUGCAAUUCACUGUAAGCUUAAGUAACAUUUUAUUCAUUUUGAUGAAAGCUGUGCAAAGGUUAUUUUAAUGCAAUAAGUGUAAUAAUUUAUUAAUAAACUUCACUGAAUCAGACCACA